AUGGAUAAAGUAAAGGAACGAACAGGAAUUUAUCAUGAACAUCAAGAAGGUGCUCUUUGUGCUCAACAUGCAUUAAAUAAUCUUAUACAAACUCCAGUAUUUUCAGCUGAUAAUUUAGCUGAUAUCGCUCGUGAACUUGAUAAAGAAGAAAAUAGUGUAUUAACACAUACAUUAAUUCAAUCUGAGAAUAUGGAUGAUACCGGUUUUUUCAACAUUCAAGUAUUACAAUUAGCAUUAAAAAUGUUCGAACUUGAGUUAAUAUCUUAUGCGAGUCAAGAAGAUAUCGCUAAACAAGCACGUGCUAAUCCACAAAGUAUUCAAGCUUAUAUUUGUAACUUAGGUUCACACUGGUUUACUCUAAGACAAUUUGGUAGACAAUAUUUUGAUUUAAAUUCCAUGUUUUAUGUACCAUAUUUAAUACCCCGUGAAGUAUUGUCACCAUAUUUAAAUAUGAUACAAGGAAAUGGUUAUUCAGUAUUUGUCGUACAUGGAAAUUUACCAGACUGUUUAGCUGAUCAACAGUUAACAGCUAAUCCGAUUACUCAACAAGAAUAUAGAAUCUUAGUUAAAGAUUUACCCACAACGAUUAUGGAUGAUGAACUUAUAGGGAAUCCUAGAGAUCCACAUAAUGCUGGAAGAAUAUCUGUACGAGUACCACAAUAUUUAUAUGAUGAAUAUAAAAAAAAUCCUAAUGAUCCACUAUUAAAGCAAAAGAUAUUAGCAUAUGCACCAAAAUAUGUAAUUCAGGAUGAAAUCCCAGAACAUGUACAUUGCUCAAACCCUAACCAUAAUCAUUCUCGUCGUCAUGCAUUGCUUGCAACUAGAUCACAACGUGAGAUUAAUGAAAUCUUGAUGGAGAAUUGCGAUUAUUCAAUGCAUACUCAAGCUCGACAAUUAUUAACUAAACGAUUAGAAAAUCCUAUGAUGGACGAUCCAUUUACUGCCAAUUCAAAUGAACCACAUCAACAAUCUCAUAUAAUAACGCGAGUUAUAUCACAACAAAUAAUUGAAGAACCGAAGUCCAAUAAUUCAAAUAAAUCACAACCACAACGAGUCGGAGUAACGCGUGAAACGAUUAUUGUAAGUCGGUCGUCACCAAGAGAUACAGCACUAGAUAAUAUUCACGGUACUCAGCGAACAUCCACAACAAAAGUCGGAUUUUUAAAUAGCAAGAAUGAUUUACGGCAACUUAUGAUGUCUGAUUCAUUACUUGGUACAUCAGCAAUGAACACAGAUGCAAAUAUUUCUUUUUAUGAGAAUCAUACAGAAAAGUUGAAUCAACAAUAUCUUAACGCCACUAUGGCUGCUAGUUUAAGAAGUAAUAACUCCACAACAAAACAAAUCGAAGAAACUCCAGAAUCAAUUCCAAUAUCAACUAUGAAUUCAUCACCAACACCAACGACUAAUUCAGAACGAACACCCCCCAUCAAUUCGUCGUCAGAACCAAUAAUGAAUUCAUCAUCAACGCCAACAAUUAACACAGAACGAAUACUAGCACUAAAUGCAGAACGAACAGCAAAACAAUAUAUAAUUGAAGAACCAAAAUCUGCUAAUUCAAACCAACCACAACGACAAGGAACGGGAGUAACUCGUCAAAUGAUUGUUAUAAGUCGAUCACCUCAAAGAAUUAGCGGAUUAGUUAGUAAUUCCGAUGUUCAGCAAGCAGUCAUAACAAAUAUCGGAUUUGAAGAUGAGGAGAAUGAUAUGUGGCAAGAUAUGAUGCCUGAUUCCUUACUUGAUCCAUCAAUAAUGAAUACGAAUGCAAAUAUUUCUUAUGAUGCAGAUCGUAUAGAAAAGUUGAAUCAGCAACAUCUUGAAGCAGCUAUUGCUGCUAGUUUAAGAAUUAGCAAUUCGACAACACAACCAGUUGAAGAAAUUCCAGAAUCAAUUCCAAUGUCAGCUAUGAACUCAUCAUCAACGCCAACGAUGAGUUCAGAACAAAAACCAACAAUGAGUUCAGAGCAAACACAAAUGAAUAAUUCACAACAAACAACAGCAGUAAGUUCGGAACGAACACCCGCCAUUGAUUCAUCACUAGCUCCAAAGAUUAAUUCAGAACGAAUGCCAACACAAAAUAUAAUUGAAGAACCAAAGCCUGCUAAUUCAAAUCAAUCACAACGACAAGGAAUGGAAGUAACUCGUCAAAUGAUUGUUAUAAAUCGAUCACCUCAAAGAAUUAGCGGAUUAGUUAGUAAUUCCGGUGUUCAGCAAGCAAUCAUAACAAAUAUUGGAUUUGGUAAUGAGGAAGAUGAUAUAUGGCAAGAUAUGAUACCUGAUUCCUUACUUGGUCCAUCAAUAAUGAAUACGAAUGCAAAUAUUUCUUAUGAUGCAGAUCGUAUAGAAAAGUUGAAUCAGCAAUAUCUUGAAGCAGCUAUUGCUGAUAGUUUAAAAAUUAGCAAUUCUACAACACAACCAGUUGAAGAAAUUCCAGAAUCAAUUCCAAUGCCAGCUAUGAAUACAUCACCUACACCAAUGCUGAAUUCAGAACGAAUACCAAUGAAUAAUUUGGAACAAACACCAACGAUGAGUUCAGAACAAAUAACAAUAAAUAAUCCGACGCCAUCAACAACAUCAUCUGCAUCAUUGCCAAUAAAUAAGGAUUUGUCUUCACCAACAGUAACAGAUCCCGAUGUCAUCAAAUCAUUAAAUAUUGAAGGCAAGCUACUUGAGACAAUAUUAUUCUUCUUGCGUUUUUGUCUCGAAAUACGUCAACGUCGUCUAGUAACUCAUGGUAAUAGACAUAAAUCAAUAAUAUCUCAACAAUCAAAUUUCGAUGAUUAA